CGCAAGACCGCUGUCGGGUUCGCCUGUUUUCACAUACGCUCACACGCUCACACGUCCGACCACUCGCAACACCUUCCUCUUUGCUGGUUACAAUUGACAAUACUACCCCUCUCCACAUUUUACGUGUCACGGGCCUUCCGUCUGUCUUCGUUGUGCUUUGUGUGUGCAGCGAGUCAACGGUGCUUCAGCUGGUCCUACUUUUACUGAGAGACAGUUACUGCACUGCACUUUACCCCAUAUUCCUACUUCCCAAACAAGAAUCUCUCUCUCUCCUACUUUUGUGUGUUCCGCCAGCGCCUCCUCUGUUCCGCACUGAAUCGCUGGGUGUAAUCGAGUACGCGCGCGAUGGAUCCGGAGCAUCGUAAGAAGUUCAGGGAUGCCGAGUUGAUCAGCGCUCUGGUGGCGUGCAUUGAUUUCGACGUUUUAGCGCCGAGUUUGCACUCGAGAGGAAUCAUGACUGCCGCAAUGGUCGACGACAUUUGGGAGAAGGAAGACCUGGAUCAACGCAACCUGGCCCUGCUGCAGCGGAUUCCCAAGAGGGGACCGCUGGCUUUCGACCACUUUGUUGCCAUCCUUCGAGAGAAAUGCAUGUUCCAGGCGGUCACGUUGCUGACGGGGGAGGCUCCGCUGGAACCACCUGUCCCUACUCCGGUGCCACCCCCUUCGCGCUCGACUCGGGCUUUUGGAGGUGGUGAUGCUCGUCUGGUCAUUGACUCGGCUCAAAAUGGUCAUGGGACAGUAGGUGAAGCCAGUGACUCAGAGUUGCGAGUGGUUCCAGUCAAGGAGUCGGAGCAGGGAGAGGAAAUAUACAGCAUGGUUCACUCACCGAGGGGCCUGUGCAUCAUCAUCAACAACUGUGACUUUGGAGGUUUGGCUGAUCGGCGUGAUGGAUCGGAGAUCGAUGUACAUCGCAUGGAGGCGCUCUUCAAGGCGUUCCAUUUCAAAUGCAUUGUGCGCCAAAACCGUUCUGCAUUGCACAUGAAGGCGCUUCUGUCGUGGGCAGCCCAGCCCAAGCAGCAGGAGGGAGCCGACUGCCUGGUGGUAAUCCUGAUGUCGCACGGAGUCUGGGGCAUGAUUGAUGGCUCGGAUGGCGAGCACCUGCAUCUGGAAAGGGACGUCUACGAAUUGUUCGACAACGAGCAUUGUAAAGCCCUGCAGGGAAAGCCAAAGCUGUUCUUCAUCCAGGCCUGUCGGGGAAGCAAGUUCGACAACGGAACCUCCGAUAGCGUGUGCGACACUGCAGACACCGGACCAUUUAAGGUGCCUGAGUCAGUGCCAUCGAGUCCGAAGCGCAUUGCCACUUUGUCAGACAUGUGCAUCGCCUAUGCAACCGUCCCCGGUUACACGGCACUCAAAAACAGCGAAAAAGGUUCAUGGUUCCUCGCGGCCGUCGACACGGUCUUCAGUGAACACGCCAGUACCAUGCACUUGGAGGACUUGAUGCGCCGCGUCCAUGAUGCCGUUAUGAGGCGGUCCUCCCACGACGGCAGCAAGCAGACGCCCUGUGUGGAGUGGCGGGGCUGGACGAAGAAGCUGUACUUCAACCCGGGUUUCUUUGUUGAACGCAGGCCAGAGGAGCCGAAAGAUUACAUUGUGUGUGUUGACCAUAUUUCAAACAUGCCAGGGCCUUGACUAUCACCCUCUUUUGUGAAUGCAAAGUGUGCCUGCGAGAAUUGCCUCACACGUGCUUGCUGCCAGCCUUACAGAGACAGCCGCUUCAGUGGGAUCAGUAUACCCGCUGGUGCCAUUGAUGAAAAGGAAGUCCACAUGACCUGAAUUGCCUAGUUCCACUUCAGUUGAUUUUGUAGCAUUUGCAAAUGUACCAACAACUGUAGGAUUGCGGUGCCCAGAAGCUUCAUGGAUGCACUGAGCUUGAACUUAAGAUGCCAUUUGGCUCAGCUCCAUUAAAAAACAAUCCAUGUGGCGCUUUUUCACCAUUUUGCAUGAGAGCUACAUAACAUGAAGAAGGCUCAGUCUCUUCCUAACAUUAUACAUUGUAACAUAACAUUGUAGCACAGAAUGUGCUCAAAUCUGUCAACCCACUCAUUGCAGUAGCUUGCUUUUAUGCGUGCAGGUUAUGUUAUCUAAGCUUGGCUGAAAUGGAAUGGAAGGGUUCUAUAACUAAGGUAAAUCGAUUAACUGUGAGGCAACCCCUUCGAACUGUUGUGAUUUGAAAUAGCUUACCAACUUGCAUACAAACCAAGGCCUCUUGUUUUUAGACUGACUCGUCAAAUGAGCUCCUCGUGUUAUGUAUGGAUCCCAACAAUCUUCAGGCUCAUUUUGCAUACCCAGUCACAGUUUUGCUUUCAAUGUACUAUUGCCGACCGAUAAUUCGGGCUUGAUGGGGACUGCCUAAGUGUUAGAAUUAUUGGUAGUCCACAGUAUUGGACUUGCCAAAAAGCAAGUGAACCAUUCCACAAGUAGCCAAAAACACAGUUUGCCAUGCUUUCGGAUGACCACUUUCAGGAAUAUGUUCACUUAUGCAGGAUUUUGUGUGACUAGUGUAGCAUAUAUCGGCAUCUACGAGCACCAGCAUUCUUGGCACAGCACCAAGCAUGCUGUUUCAUCAUAGGGCCAGGAGCCUGUUUUCAUUGUCCGCCACUUCCGCCAUAGGGCCAGGAGUCAUUGUCCGCCACUUCUCUCACCCAGUCAACGCCCUCGUCAGUGCAGACACCGAAGGUUGAGUUAGUGCUGCCUGAAACAACUUGAAGAAGUCAUCAGGACCAUGUUGCUAUUUAACACAUGAAACAACAAGCGCUGAACACACGGAACCAACACUGGUGGUACUCACACUACAGUGCAGCUGUACAGUGGCUUCCCAGGUUUGGCUUUGCCUGUUCUGCGGUUUGGGUGCAGUUGGUACUACCUGGUAAGCUUCGCUGGUUUCGGUUUCGAGAAGAUGCUGGUAGCAUGGCUGAUGAACAUGCCACGGUGAUGCUGGCGCCACAUUGAGGCCAAAAGAUAGCUAUUUCUACUCGAUUCAGUGGUGAUUUAACGUAUGAUCAUGCAGGUGGAGUCCGAAUUAUUGAACACCGUGCUUUAAGGUGUCCGAAAUUUCAGUCGUCCUUAUGCAGUCUAUGGGGCCAAAUGCAGUGCUGCGAAGCAGUUCGAAUUAUCAAGCAUGUUCGAAUUAUCGGGGUCUGAAAUACUGGUCAGCGAUAUGUUGUGGAUUUAAGGCAUUGCUCAUUGUGUAGUUAAACAUGGGUGCCACCCUGCUGGUACCUGUGCACCGUCAUUCUUUUCUCAAAGCUCAUGUUUGGUGUCUGAAAAGCAGAGCUGCAUGAUGGCAACUGCAAAGACAACCUCCACGCUGCCUCAUUUGAAAUUGAUGGGGGGACAUUAUGAGUGUCCCUUUUGAAACAGGGUGGUGGCUCUUGCCACCGAGCCCGAAAGGAAAGGUGUGUUAGGCACCAUCUAUCUGCGGGGUAACAAAGCUGUCCAGUCAAUGAGGAUGCAGUACAGUUCUGAGGAAGCUGCUGUGGAAGUAUGUUUUGUUAGGUAGUGUUAUAACGAUGGCCUAUUCUUUUUUUCUUUCAUUUUUCAAGUUGGAAAUGAUACCUUAUGUUAAAUUCUGUACUAAUGUAGGGUAUGUGUGGUAUGCUCAAUUGUUGGAGGCAACCUGCAAGUGUGAUUUCGAGAGAUUACUGUAUUUACUCGCGUCUCGAGCGACCUUGAUUAUAGGCCAAUGUCUGAAAUUUGCGAGGCCACAAAGUAAUACAAAACUUUUUUCGCAUGUAAGCCGAACAAAGAAAGACAAUUUUAUUGAGGAAAGAGCAGGCAUUUCAUUAAAUAACACAAGAGCACUUGUUGCAAGCAUAUCCACUGUUCAUUCAUCAUCUUCAUCUGUGACAUCGCUGUGCUCUUUGUCGCUGACUUCUUCUCAUAGUGACAAUCCUCACUUCCACCAAAAGAUAUCGAAAUACUGCACUUUCGGAUGCUCGCUCAAUCGUUUUCAGCUGGAAUUUCAUGUCAUGCUGCUGCAAUCCAGUUCGCCUGCUGGGUAAGCAAAGCGUGCUUGAUACUGGUAGAAGUGAGCUGAUGCUCUUGAGACGCCAGCCAUCCAGUAUAACGUUUAUGCGAGACCUAUCCUUUAAUGGCAGUUGAAGUUGGCUCGUCAUGCCUUCAGGUAUAAUCGCUAUGUCUGUACCACUUUGCGAAAGCACGGUCUUUGUAUCGGUACAGUGACCACGGUAGGAUUCGAGAACAAGAGUUACUCCCCACACAACAGGGCUCCUGCAUGGCAUUGCCAAACCGUAUUAGCCCAUUUCUCCACCAUUGUGCUAUUCGUUUUACCAUCCUUGCGAAUACGCACGACAAGAUUUUUUGAAAACAUUUCUCCAGCUAGAAGAGUCUUGCACUUGGAAACAGUGUAUAGUGACAGCUUUCACUCAGUGGCAGUGCAGCACAACAUUACCGCUGUUAGUUGCUUUUUGUACCCCAUAGUUCUGAGUUUAACUUUUUUGGUGCCCUUUUCAUUAAUCAUGAACGCCACAGGGAUAUCAAAGUAAACUGAGAUCAGGUCACCGUUCCCAAUUUGACCUCGUAGGUAGGCCUUCUCCAGCUUUGAUUACAUAGUGCAGAUAUGCAACGAGCUUCUCCUCAGAGUCACUGGGGAGAUUUUGACUUACUGAAGCCGAAACACUUCAUAAAUUGCGUGGCCCCUGCUGGCCUUGAACUGGAUUCGUGCGACACCUGGCUUCGUGCAACAAGCCCAGAGAUUGCAGAUGAGGUGAAUGGCCACUUGUGUCAAUUGGAAAGGGUUAAGGGAGGAGGAGAGGUGACAGCUGCCAGAGACAGGCGUGCUCAUAAAUAAUGUUGCAUGAGCGUCAUGUCCAGCUGUUGCAUUGAAAAAUUGUGCAUAACGGUGUGACCAUUUUGUGUAAUGUAUAGAGUAGUAACAGAUCAGAUUCUUUUGAAGAAUCCUUUUUCAAGAAUAGCUCUGUCUCAUGAUUAGAUGCACAAUUUUAUUCACUCUAAAAGGCUGUCAUAGGCAAGUUGUUGGACAGCACCUGGGUGUUGCAAAGCAUGAUUUUCAAGUUCUACCUGCUUUAGGUUUUCUUCUGUUCAGCUAAUGCUGGACAUGUAGUCAUGGAACUCAAAGGCUGAAAUCAGUGACUUUAUUAUAUUUUUUUCAAUCACUUUGAUUUUUAUCCAUUUACUUCAGCAUAAUGCUAGGCUCUAGGCUUUGCGCUGAUAAGUAAACCAAAGACUGAGCAGCUAUGUGAGGUCCACUCUUUCUAUUUCGGUUCCUUGCCAGGAUAACCGAAAAGUCUGCCCUUUAUCCAGGCGUACUUUCAUGGAAAAUCCAAAUGUGAAAAAAGUUAGACUAACGGGAUUGCAUUUUUUAUUCUCUAGGCUUAGUUUGUGGUUUUUGCCAUCUUUGGUGACUGGAUAUGUGGCCGUGCAAAAUUGAACGCAUGAGUUAUCAAUUUGUGAAAGAUGUUGAACUGAACUGAAUUCUGGGGUUUUUCGUACCAAAACCAUGAUUUGAUUAUGUAUGAGGCAUGCUGUAGUGGAGGACUGCAUCUUAACAUUGAGAAACGUCAUACUUCCUUUCUGUAGUUCAUUUUUCCAUGAUAGUACCAGUAUUCUUGAUAGGUAGGGUAAUUGUCAGCCCAGAUGUAACAACAUCUGGUUAUGCUAGCAGUUGAACUUUCACGUUUCUUUUAGUAUCACUACAAGUGGAAAGCACUCAGUGUGCGAGGCCAAUACUUUGUUAAGCUGUUCCUGGUUUGCCUCGUCGUUUAAUCAUACUUACUUUCUUCUGUGCCAUACAGUGCUCACAUGCGUGAGAUGCUGCUUACUGUAGCCAGCUAAGUUUGAUGGGUUCCUUGGGCCAUGUACUGCGCAAUUUUGUCCUUUGUGGCCACAUAGCUGUCACACUGCAAAGAGGAACCCGUGUUUGCGUUGUGUGCAAUGCAGCCUGUGUAGUGUGGUACGGCAUAUCUUUGUCAUACUACGUUCUCGAAGUAUGGUCUGUACAGGCAACAGACAUGGCAUUGUUGUAGCUCUAUUGCAUAGUUCUCAUUAAUAAUAUUAUUCAAUUUGUUACGAGUUCAAUGCUGCUGGGAGCACCAUAGUAAUGUGCAGUAAACUCCUCUUAACCCUCCAAAUGUAGUUUUUUCUUUCCUCAGUCCCUUCCAGGCUUUUUUCUUGUGUUGGUUUAUAGUUGCAGUCCAUGGCUACAUAAAAGCUGGUCUUUUGUUGUUGUUUUCUCCCAGUUGAGUAUCUAUGGACAAAUUAUAAUUUCCUUCAUUUGUCCUUUCCUUCAGUUCAGUGCUCUAAGCCUGUGAGCUUGGCGUCCAGGGUACCUUUCCUCAUUAUUUAGGCAUACAGUGUUUGACGAAGAAAAUCAUUAAUUUGCCUUUUCAGGCGGGGUGUGCGAAAAUCGUGUGCAGCAUAUACCCUUUAAUUCUUUUAAUUGCAUGUGGAAGCAGAGGAAACAUUUUUUUCAAGAAAUACCAUGGAGAAUUUAUUGCUGCUGUAUAAAGAUUUCUUUUGCUUUAGAUGGGCAGGAUUGUGUAUGCUCAAUUAAUAAAUUCAAGCAGACCUUUUAUUGUAAGGGCUAGCAACAUGUUCUGAUUGCACUGUGUGGUAUAUUUUGAAUGUGUUAGGGCUGUUGCGUGAAAUAACGAAAUGUAAGAGUGAGAAACUGAAAUGCACAACUGACAAAUGCAAAUAAAUAUGUGUACAACUGUGAGCAGAGAUCUAAGGCUGUGAAAUUUCCCUCACUGUGGCACAUUUUUGCUGACUCCUUUGAGACCUGUUGCAUGUCGAGAAGCUCAUUUCUGCAUGGUUGUUUUUUGUUCGUCAAACCACUCUCAGAGUGCUAGUGCCCGUAAUUGCAAAAAAUAAAAUAAA